UUUCUCCAGUCAUUUUUUUUCUGAUGCAGUACCUUUAGGGUAAUCAUUAAUCCUGGUGGUAGGAAUUACUUAAGCUGACUUCCAUGGUAAUUGAUCACUCUGUUUGUCAAAGGAUUGAUUUGACUUGUUUUAUAUUGAUUAUCAACAACUUAUGUUGGAGGACGUGGUUUGAAGUACUCUAUGCAAAUACAACACAGUGAAUAGUAUUGUUACAUCCAAUUAGGAACAAUUUUCUUGGAUAUCAAGCGGAGAACAAUUUGUGCGUCAAAAUUUGCUCUAUUGUCUGAUAUGUUGUGAUUACGUAAAUGAGAUGUUGGCUUUUACUCAUUUACCAAAAGGAGCUUAACUGAUGAAGACGGAGGAUGCUAGGCUUAGUGAAACAUUAAGACUUUUCUGAUAUCAUUUGGAUUAAUACUCCUCAAUACUUUAAUUCUGUACCCUGGCUGUAUUGUUCCUUUUACAUGUGCUUAUUUUGAUUUGUUCUAUAUAUUUAAAUCAUGCAAGCAAGGUAUUUGGAUUGAGUAUAUCUUCAAUGUGAAUUUUGACAUUUUCUUCAGUAAGGAAGGUCUGGAAUGUUACUAUAUGAAUUGAAUUUGGAGUGAAUAUUCUCUAAAAGUCACUCAAAACAUUUUUGGAUUUGGAGGUGGAUCUCAAGAUCUGAAUGAAUAGUGGACCAUCUUCAUUUGCAUCUAUUUGUAGAGAAAUAUUUGGAUUCUUCCUUGAUUUAAUUAAUUCAGUUUCAUCUGUGUUUCUAAAAUUCACAUAUAAUGUAUUGGCUCAAUGACUGUUAAUAUCAGAAUUCAACUGUCUUCUACCCAACCAGUUAUUUUUUGUUCUUACAAAAAACUUCAAAAAGGCAUCCUUUUUGUUUUUAUUUACGGCACUAUAAUUGUCUUGCAAUGAGUAAACUAUUGCCGAAACUCCCAUCGUCAGGACGUGAAAGUCGCAGUUCAGGCAAGGCCUACAAAUCAUUAUGGAGAGCUGCAUCUAUUGCAGCCAGUAUAGUUGGGUCACAAGAGGGCCGGAAACAGAAGAUUGUUGUGUGGCCAGAAUGGAAUGAUGCAGACAUUAACUCGGAGAAAUGGGAUGUAGCCCACAAGGUAAAGGAGAAGGAGCAGAAGGGAAAAAGCCCCAGUUUGCAUUUCUUUGAUGAUCCAGAAGGUCGUGUAGAUCUGCCACCCUCACUGCGACAAAAAAUAGAUCACUGGAAACGUCCCCAUGAGUUUAUAACUGAUAAAACUAUUGUGGUUAAUGAUGCUGAAAAUAAUCAUGAUUUUGAUUUGAUGUCCAUGAAUGAUCAUCUCCACAAUUGUGAAGUAAUCAGAUGGAUAAUAAGUCAGAUAAACUGUUUGUGGAAAAUCACAACUGCCAAUGCAGGAGAUAGUGAAGCAUCUAACAUCAGCGUCGCGGGUGGGGAAAUUCAUACAUGGAGACCAUGGGAUCAUAUCUUCUCAUUAUGUAAAGUGGGUAAAGGGCCACACCUGCCAUUACAUAAUCCACAUGGAAAGUACAUUGUCCGUCUGUACUGGAUGGGAUGCUGGAGAAAGGUUACCAUAGAUGAUACGAUUCCAUUUGAUGAAAGCGGUAAAAUGCUUCUACCAGCCAGUACAAUACGGCAGGAAAUAUGGCCAAUGUUGCUUACAAAAGCGCUAAUUAAAGUCGCUUCUCUUGAUUACCAUGGGGGCAGCAGUAACUCGGAGCUUGGUGAUAUUACUAUUAUCCAUAUUUUGACAGGUUGGAUCCCCGAGGCGAUUCCGUUACAGUAUGGACACCUAGCACAGGUAUGGAAACUACUGAAAGAUAUCCUUCCAGAGUUUAAGCUUCCAGACCCUGAAGAGGAAAAUGAAAAACAAGAAACUGUAACAAAAAAGAAGGACGGAAAGAAAGAUGGAAAAAGGGGUGAAUCAAAAAGUGAUGCAAAGAGCGACGUUAAAGGGGAAGAUUUAGGUGCCAAAAAAGAAGAACGGCCGAAGGAGAAAGAAAAGGAAUUGAAGUCCGAAAAGGAAACGAAAGGUGGGAAGGAUGACAAAAAAGAUAAGAAAGACAAAGAUAAAGACAAAAGACCACAGUUUGAGAAGGAGGGUUCCAUCUUAGAUAAGGAUCAAACACCGCCCUCAACUCCAGAUGUUCCUCAGAUUGCUGUAUUUGUGAGUUAUGUGCACCCGCCUAAAAUUCCAGUUCGGGUGUCAGCAUUGGGAGAAAUGGCUGAUGCAUCCGAAAGGCUUCGUCAGGCUGGCUUGUCACACCUCUUCCCUCAUCCUCUACUGGUGAAACGAACCAGAAUGUGUCCUCUUGUAGCCCCUCCACCGCCACCAAAGAUACCAGCUUGGAAGCUCAUUCGACCCAGAAAGAAGAAGACUACACCCUCAGACGAACCAGAAGAGGUAGAAGUGAAGAAACCAGAGCAGUUUGUUGAGAUUACAUCACCCUAUGUCAACUAUAAAGUCAGUCCUAUUCCAAUACCCACUGAAACGAAGCGACCAAAGUCUUCCUUGGAAAGAGGAGCAUCCCGGCCCGGGACGGCUGCCAUGGGAGGCAUUAAUGAGGAUGAUGAGAAUGCACCAGAGCGUGAUGAAGCAGAAGAAGCGAGGAUUAAAGAAGAACAGUUGAAGAAAGAGAGAGAACAAAAGAAAAAAGAGGAGCUUGCGAAGCAAGAGUUGCAAAAACCAGACAAUAUACCUGAAAUUUGUACUGCCUCGCCUCAACCAACAGCUCGAUCUCCAUCUCCCAAAGAGCGAAAAAAGUCUGCUGUUAAGAGGGACAAGAGUGCUUCCAAGAAGGAAGAGGAGAAAGGAAGUCCAAUAAGAAAGAAGUCUGCCCAAAAGCUUAAAACACCAUCUGGUGGAGAGAAGUUACUCAAAGAUACAGAGGUGGAUGCCCAGUCUGUUAUCACUGAUGCUGGAAGCAAAAUGGUAGAUGGGGCAUUGCUUCAAGAGGAGGGGGAAGCUCCCAAAGAGGCAGAACCACUCCUCAUAACAGAUUCAUCUCAACCAAAGGACAUAUGGAUGGAUUUUGAUGACUUUUGCAAAUGUUUUAAGACUUUGUACUUAUUUCAUAAACCAAACACAUACGGAUGUAACCAGAAGUUAUCAGAUUUGAGGAAAGCAGAGAGUAUGCUGUGGGUAAAACAGUGCAUUGAUGUGCCAGCCAGUUCACAGUUCCUUGGUGUCUCAAUGUCUGCUGCCCUCAAGCGAUUGGAUACUAAUCUUCAAGGCACUACUUCCAAACGGUCAGCAGCACCAGGUGGCGGUCCAAAUCCAAGUGCAUCGAUGACAGCGCAGACUCCAGCCAGGAUUCCUUUCAGCCCGUCCCCACAGACACAUCAUCAUACAACUGUAGAUGACAGAGCUCCACAGUAUUUGUUUGUUGAUAAUCUUGCAACCACCGAGAUUAUCGUUAAUUACUCAUCCUUCUCGCGUUGGCUAGAUCCACCUCUUGAGCCUCCUAAAACCUCCGUCAAUAAAGAAGUGUUUGUACCGCCGACACCAGGCUUGCUUGUUGCUGAACCCUACUCCUGGAAGAGUCUUGUAGUUGGCCAGCCAGUUUUAAGAAUUCGCACAACAUUUUCCAAAGCAGCAUGUUUGACACUACCCCCGGGACGUCACGUUCUACGCUUUAUGAUGAGCGCCCCUCUUGGUUAUCAUGUUCACCUCUGCUCGACUGUUCAGUUUGUUUUUGGUGAUGAGGAGACAGUAAUGUCAAACUUGACUAAGGAGAGUUGUAGAUUCGUUGACCAUGCUCUGCAAGUGAUGCGAUGUAUCGGGACAGCUAUCCAGCAGUUUGACAACGAGUCUGGGUUCAAAGAGGGGAUGGCUGCUUUAGCAGAUACUCACAACCCUCAGAAAGGAGAUGUGAUUGCUUCCAUCCAUAACCAUGAGGUUUUCAGGGAAGCCUUGUAUCACAUGCUAAGGAAAGCGUUGCAAGAAAGUUUCACGCCAGCCGUAGCAUUCGCUUGGAAAGCAUUCAACUUCGAUGUCAUCACUCAAAAUAUUGCAGGUGCUGUUACAGGUGGUAGCCGACCAGAUGAGCUGUCAACUGACCUAGCAACCGGGGCUUCUAGAAAGUCAGGCAAAGCAGUUCGUAAACGAGAAGUUCCAGAGAACUGGCAAGGACGACAAGCGACUGAAGAAGAGACAUCGGCUAUAACCCAGGUUGCUAGGUUCUGGAAGGGUUACUAUGUGAGAAAAAUUGUACUAGCAAGAAAACCAGGUUCUGAGCUAAAUGUUCAAGUGAAGGACAACCUGUUAAAAGCUUGGGCAAUUAUUGAACAGAAUCUGGAACAGAAUGCACUGCAGCUGUUCAGGAACAUGUUUAAGACUGAUCCCGAUUUGAUGCCGCAUUUCCCAUUCUACCAGGAUGAAUGGAAUAAAAUUAGUUAUGCUGAUUUUCAGGGUGUGUAUGCUGAUCAACCACCUAACACAUGGUUCCUUGUCUUCAGGGAUGUGUUUUUUGUGCAAGAAAAUCUGCUUAUGGUUCCAAAGCUGUACGCUUCCAUUCCAACUUGCAUGCUGAGGGUGAUCAACAAUGAUACAGGAGAAGAGAUACCAAGAGUGUUCCAAAGAGUAGCUCCAUACGAAUACAAGAGAAACAAACGUGGUUAUACAUUUGUGGCUGAAGCACGCAGCACUGAUAUGCCAAUAUCAAAUGGUCGCUGGAGGAUGCGUCUGAUUGGCUCCCUCAGUCCACUGCCUCAACCAGCACGUGAAAACCUUAACAGUGUAUUCAGUGUGAAGGAAAUCAGGGAUUAUUAUCUGCCAAAUAAAGAGAAUAUCAUUUUCAGAUAUUCUGUGAAGCCUUCUGAAGAUCACAUAGCCAGUAUCCAGAUGAGUACGUCGAAAUCAGAUGUUUACAUCAGUUUGCACGUGCUAGACAAUGAGGAAGAGGUAGCAGCGACAACUGGCAGAGGUCAUGCUGUAAUCCCAGCAUUCACUUUCAUGAGAGAUCGAGAACCUGGAGAAGACGAGAGGCGGUCGGGUAGUCGGUCAUCUGUUAAGCGAGGUCUUGGUAGCAGCAGCAGUUUAACCUCAAAGAAGAGGCAGCAAUCAGCUGGAAGUGGCAGAGGAUCGAGGGCAAGUCACAGUUCUGAGAACAUUGCUAAAUUGGAAGAUGGACUUGAUGGCAGUGAAAUUGACAUAAAGCCUCAUAAGUACAUUAUUCAGGCCAAGGUACUGCAUAAGAGCUGGCCACUUUCUGAAAGCAGUUGGGCAUUCGUCCAAGUUCUCAAAGAGCUUGAGAAACAGGAGUUAAAAGCUGUUCAGCCGGUCAUUACAAUCUCAAAUGAAGUACAAGAUGUCGAGGACACGACAGUUACUGAGUUAGUUCCGCCUACUAGGUGGAAGAAAGCCGUCAAAGACAGACCCAUCACUCCAAAGGGAGAUAAAGGAGGCUCGUCCAGGACAGAGAAGAAGAAGGGUAAAGAUAAAGGCAAAGAUAAGGAUAAGGAUAAAGAAAAAGGGGCCUCAAGACCAUCCUCUCAACAGUUUGAUGUCACCAAGCCAAACUGGACAUUGCGAGUUGUUCUUGACCAGACACCAACGGAGGAAGUGGAAAUCAAGAAAGAUACUGAACGUCAAGAUCAGAUACGAGCGAUGAAGCAGGCCUGGGAAGCCGCGGAACCUGGAAGAGCUGCCAAAGCAAGAGCUGCUCGUGAAAAGUACCUUAAGGAAAAUAUGAUUAAAGUGGAAGAACCUACGGAUAAUCUAGCACAAUCUGCCACAGAUUCUGAUUUAGUGCCUACAGAUGUGGAGCAGCUACCAUCAGAAGCAAUUCUAACAAAUGAACCUCCCCCACCGCCACCACUAAAAGAGGUGUUGAGAACAGUGGAUCUCACCCCUCAUCAGAGACCUCCAAACUUUACCGGAUCUCCAAGAUUGAAAGAUGAGGAGGAAAUUGCUAGGCAACAGGAGGAGAAGAUGAGACAAAUUCAGGAAUACCGGUCUUUCCGUGAGGCACUUUGUGAUAGCAGGGAAGAGGACCGCAUACAGAGAAAUUUAGCCAAAGAGAAACAGCUGCAAGAAUGCAUAAGAUUGCAAACUGAGUUGGAUGAAAGACGUCAGAAGUUGAAUGAGCCAAGAGAAGCUUAUCGCCAGAAGUUCCUAGAGGCUGAGCGUAAACGUCUUGAAGAGAUUGCUGCAGAGGAGGCGAUGUUGAAGGCGGAAGCUGAAAAAAGAUCACCAUCUCCAAAGGGAAAGAAAAGCCCAAAGGGAAAGAAGAGUCCAAAGAAGGGAAAGAAGAAGUAGUAGAAUCAACAGCUGCACAAUAAAGACAGAUAUAGAUUACAGCACCCAACACCCCCCUCCCCAAACAUGCAGUACACAUCCAAACACAAAUUGACAGAGAUUUACCUGAUCAUUUCUCAUUUUAUUUCCUGUCAUCAUAUUUUGCAGAUAAUCAAAGUUACUACAUGAUAAAGUUUAUUAGCCAAAAAUCAUUAAUUUUAUUUUGAACAAGUUCCUGAUAAUGAAUGUAAAUAUAUUUGAUUAUAAUUCUAGCUGUUGUAAGCUAUUGUGUGUGUGAAAGCUAUUCCGUCCAACUUCUGUCCUUUUAAUAUAAAGAAUAUCUUAAACUAAUCAAUAGGUACGUCAAGUUCAGCAAAAUGAUGUUAUAGUGCCAGUCUCUUUUGAUGCCUGUCCAAACUAUCAAAAACACAUGUGACAUGCCUAAAUAUGGUCAUGAUGACAUCACAUCAUUACCAUAUAUAGGCACAUUGUGGCUAUAUAUGGGAAUACAAAAGUUUUUUUCUCAGACAGAGACUUACAAUGGUAUAACCUUUAUUAAGUUAUAGUAUAACUUUUCUUAUUAUGACACCCAUGUGUUAUACAAUAGUAUGCACCCAUAGUGAUGUCUGUGUUGUACAAUGCCCUGACAGGAGUCUAGAUUUGCUCAGAACCUCUCAGAGGGGGUUCAGGGCAUUUACAUGUUAAGUUUGUGUAACUGAAUGCUUUUGAUAUUCUAUAAUCUUUUAUAUAUGUCACAAAAUGUUUAGUAUAAUUUGAAUGAUUCCAUAUCCUUUGAUGAAAUAAUUUAUUCCAAAUAUUAAUUUAAUCUAUCCUUGUAUAUACUGUAUACAUGGAACCUGUUUAUUUAUUAUUUAUCAGUUAUUAUUUUGUAUAUUAUUUAUUUUUAUGUUAAGCAAACAGAUAUAUUAAUAUUGAUAUAAUACUUCAUCUGAUACGAUAAUUUAAAACUUGUACAAAGGUAACAUCAGUUCUUACUAUUGCAAAUAUGUGUGUUAGAUAUUUGACCAAAGCUGAAUAAACUGUUUGUAUUGAAAUUAAA